UUCCCGUAUUUUUGUCUCCCUUAGGACGCGAACUUCAGAUCAUCAAGAUCUUGUGUUUCCGAGAGGAAAAAAAAAGAAGGAAAUGAAAAAGCUCAGUCAUCUUCGCUUUUUGUCUCUGCGAAUGCAAUUGUGGGUUAUCAUUGUUUCCUCUCAACAUUCCUCGUAAAUCUCCUCUCUCUCUCUCUCUCUGUCUCUCACAACCAGAAACCACCCUCUCUUUUUUGGUAAUUCCAGAAAUCUCCCCUUUCUCUGUCGUUUUCCUCUCCAUUCGUUUUACAAAGUUUGCUGCUUUUCCCCCUUCUUUUGGGUUUUGGAGAUCCUUUUUCCCCUUCACAGUUCACUUUGGUUCAGUUGUGUUGCCCAAGAAUAUCCAAGAAUUUUGGUAGUUUCGUAUUGGAGGCUGUUGAAUGGUGGACCUAACAAUGGGGUCUCAAGGAGAAGUUAGUGGUAACGUAAAGAAUUCUCAGUUCGAGCCAUUGGCACGACAGAACUCCUUGUACAAUCUCACUCUUGACGAGGUUCAGAGCCAGUUGGGUGAUUUGGGGAAGCCUCUUAGCAGCAUGAACCUUGAUGAACUUCUGCAAAAUGUUUGGACCGCCGAAGCUAACCAGUCCUCCGAGACCGAGCCCAAGAGCGUUAUUAACCUGGGCAAUCAUCAAAAUAGUUCCUUGCAACGCCAAGCUAGUCUUUCGCUGACCGGAACUUUAAGCAAGAAAACGGUAGAUGAAGUCUGGAGAGACAUACAGAGAAGCAAUAGCAGUGAUGAAAACAGUCCUCAGGUGAGGCAACCCACUCUUGGAGAAAUCACCUUGGAGGAUUUCUUGGUAAAAGCUGGAGUUGUGUCUGAAUCCCCUGUCGAGAAAGAAAACUCCGGGCCUGUUCCCGGGGUUGAUCCCAAUAUCGCUUCCCAGUUCCCUCAGCAACAGCAGUGGAUUCAGUACUCACACCCGUCGUAUCAGCAGUCACAACAGGGUAUUAUGGGAGGUUAUAUGCCUAAACAGUCGAUGAUGGCACAGUCUGUGCAAGUGAUGGAUGCAACUCGUCUUGACAAUCCUCUGAUGGGAACGUUGUCAGAUACCCAAAUGCCGGGAAGGAAAAGGGGUGCACCUGAGGAGUUCAUUGAGAAAACUGUUGAGAGGAGGCAGAAGAGGAUGAUAAAGAAUCGGGAAUCUGCUGCACGUUCAAGGGCAAGAAAGCAGGCUUAUACAAAUGAACUGGAGAAUAAAGUCUCGAGAUUGGAAGAGGAAAACGAGAAGUUAAGGAAACAGAAGGAGCUGGAGAAGCUUUUGCCCGAAACUCCUGUGGCUGAGCCAAAGUACCAGCUUCGCCGAACGUCUUCAGGCCCGCUCUAGAAUCCCGUAUUGUAGAUAACCACACCUUUUUCUGAGAACAAUCUGCUCAGUGCGUUGUAUGCAUAAGCGAAGUCUGGGUCUGUCUCUUUUAGUGUGUGUUUGUUCCCUCUAAGCUUGUAGGAUGUGGAAAUGUUGCUGUUUACUGAAUAUGUCUUGUGAUGUAUCUGUCUGUGUACAUAUAGGGGUUAGUCUCGGCUUGUCUUCUGUAUUCAAAGCCAUGCUUUUGUAGUUUCGAGUUUUGAAAAAAAAUGUUUUCAAGUGUUUGGAGACUUUGCUCUCCUUU